CAAACUAUGUUUGUAAUUGGGAAAAUAAAAAAAAUAGUUGCCAUAUAAUAUUGAAAUGACAGCUGACAGUUGGAAGACAGUGACAGAACCGAACUGAAAUAAAAAAAAAGUUUGUAAAUGCUGUGCUGAGUGGUGAGAAAAUGAGAAAAAGCGAAGACGGAAACAUUACGUAGUAUUUAAUUUAUGAAAAAGUAAAGAUAUAAAAAUGUCUAUACCUGUAAUAAAAUUAGGGCGCAAUAUUAACACUGAUUUUUUACACCUAUACAAAUCAACUUGGGACAAAAUUCACGUCGUAAAAGAUGUAUUUCGUUAUAAAGUGGAGAAUUUACGAGAAAGGAUUGUAAAUGAAAAAUAUUUAUUGCAGCUUAAUCCAGACAGAAGUAUGAACAGACGAAUACCAGAGCAAAUAGAUAAUAUAUGUCAACCCUUUGAUGAGAAUAAGUUUAAUUUUACCAAAGCAUCAAAAGAAGAAACUAUGUUUAUAAUUGUCAGUGAUGAUAAUGAUGUAGACAAACAUGUUGUAUUAGUAAAUGUUAGUCCAAUAUCACACUAUCAUUCUCUUUUGUGUCCGUCAAUGUACAAAUGCCUACCUCAAAUUCUAACCAAAGAUAGUUUACAGUUGGUACUACGAAUUAUGUUGUGUGUUCCAAAUAGCAAUAUAAGGAUUGGAUUUAAUAGUCUAUGUGGUUUAGCAUCUGUGAAUCACUUACAUUAUCAUAUUUUUGUAGAGAAAAACAUUCUGCCAGUUGAAACAGUGAAAUGUAAACAUUUGAAAGGUCCAGUCUACAUUCUUGAUGAUUAUCCAGUACCGGGUUUCUGUUUUGAAGUGACACAACAAAUAAAUGACCCUUCUGAUUACAUAUAUAAACUAAUUGAUGUGUUAUUGAAGAAGGCUAUAGCACAUAAUAUAUUUAUAACGAGAGGUCAAAGUGUGGUAGGAGAUAGUGAUGUGGUGAGGGUAAUUGUCUGGCCGAGGAAGAGUAGUUCUGGAGCAAAACAGCUUGCAGCAUUUAAUGUUGCUGUUUGUGAAUUAAGUGGAUGGUUUCCGGUUUAUGAUGCUGAAUCUUUUGAGAAACUUACCACUGAGGAGUUAGAAGAUGAAUUAAGAAAAUGGAAAUAUAACAGAUUUCAUGAUCUUUGUGAAGAUAUCAAACAGUUAUAUUAAUAUUGUAUGCAGAUGAGAUGCUAGUAUAUACAAGGAGGCUCUGGAGUGGAUCCCGCUGGGAACAAGAAGACGUGGCCGUCAGUAGAUGCCGACAUGAAAGCAAUAGGGCUGACAUGGCCCGAGACCAAACGCAGGGCCCAUAGGACUUUAAGUCAUGUCAAGUCAGAAUAUGAAUUUAUUUCAGUCAGUCCAGCUGUCAAAGUGACACAAGAUAUAUGGUUAAUAAAAUUUAGCUGAAUCCCUAAGGAAAAGACGAUGUUGCGAGAAGUAACUUAUGUUAGUGAAAGAUGAACCGAGGUUAUUAUCUUACUUUCUACAUAUAUUAUAAAUGCAAAUGUUUGGAUGGAUGGAUGGUUGUUUGUUUGUUUGAAGAUAUCUCCGGAAC